CUGCAGUCACAUCACUUCCUUGGCCACUUUAGGUGCAAAUACUGGGAACUGCCUCUUCAUCAGCCAAUCAGCUUCUAAAGAAACCUCAGAAACCAGACAUGGCUCCGUGGGGCGAUGCUAAGCUUUUCUUCUGCCUCCUCUUCAUCACAUGCUGCUGCACAGUGACAUUGGCAGAGAUACCUGUGGACUGCUGCUUGAUGGUUGUCAGAGACAGAACAGUCCCUAAAGCUGCUAUUGCAGAUAUUCGCAAACAGAUCAGUGGUCAGGGCUGCUCUAUUGAUGCCACUAUUUUGGUGACCAGACGUGGCCAUGAGCUAUGUGUGGCGCCUAAUGUUCAAUGGGUUCAAGAAGUGGAGAAGCAUGUGGAAUCUCUGAAGAACUUCUGCAAGAAAAAGAAUUACAAGGGUCCACGCUGCUUUGGAGUGAAGCCUGAGUAAAAGUGAGAGUGACCUUUGACAGCCAAUGAAGAACAAACAGAAUGAGAAUGGACCACUGAAAGUCUCAGACCGGAAAAGAUGGAUCCAACCAAUAAAGUCAUAAAUGAAUAGAGCUUAUAAGCUUAUAAUUUCUAAAAUUACCACAGGUUUUUUUCUCUGUAUGGUUGUUGGUUUUCUCUGAGGAUACGGGUGCAGCAAUAGAAAUAAAGAUAAUCUGAAGGAAUUGAAUUGUCUUUGAGUUUUCCAAGAAUAGUGGAAGAAAAAUAUGUGAAUGAUUUUUAGUCUUUUAGCUAUCUCUAAUCAAAUUCCCCACUCUGGAAUGGGCAGCUUUUCUGUUGUGUGAAUGUUUGGAAUGUUGUUCUGUUGUCAAAAUAAAGACAUUUUUAAUACCCUGAA